AAGAAAGAAAGAAAGAAAGAAAGAAAGAAAAGAAAGAAAGAAAGAAAGAAAGAAAGAAAGAAAGAAAAAGAAAGAAAGAAAGAAAGAAAGAAAGAAAGAAAGAAAGAAAGAAAGAAAAGAAAGAAAGAAAGAAAGAAAGAAAGAAAGAAAGAAAGAAAGAAAGAAAGAAAGAAAGAAAAGAAAGAA